AUGAUCAUGCUAUACCGCCUCAAAUAUCCGGAUAAACCAGACACAGAACUCCGCCCGCGAUGCGAUCUUUGUGCCCUCGCACUCCAGGAGCAAGACACUGCACUCACGCGUCUCAGCACACGCUCGUGGCGAGCAGAGCUCUGUUCUCACCUUCCCCGGAAGGAUGUGUCUGGAGACGAUCUGAACGGCGUUGAAUCCAACCUGCAACAUCGAGACCCCGCGGUAGCAGUCCAGCCCUCCUGCAAUACCAUUGAUGUUGUCCCCGAUGUGCGCGCGGACGAGAGCCAGAUCCACUCGGAGAUCCAUGCCGUCCCUGUCGAGCUCACUAUACGUCUCUUCGAACUUGUAACUGCCCUCGAGAACGGCCUGUGCGACGGCUGGUUCUCCACAACUGGCGUCGCCAAAUUGAUGCAGGUCUGCCGGCGCUGGCGCAGCAUUGCACUCUCCACGCCUUCAUUCUGGCGACACAUUGACAGCACUCGACCGGUGCGCUGGAUAUCGCUCUGCUUGGAGCGCUCACGAGGCUGCACACUCGACGUCUCCCUCACUCUAGAGCGGCAUGUUGACCCCACGGAUGUGCUGGACCUCGUGCUGCCACAUGCGCACCGGAUCGGGUCCUUAUAUGCCAACUUAUCAAUGGGGCGUGGACACUACUGGCACAUCCUGAAACCCCUCUUUGCCGCUGGUAUGCCGGCUCUGGAGCGUCUGGAACUCGUCCCUUUGCGCGAUCGCGACGAUUUGCGCUAUGCACGGCAGAAGACAUGGGAUUUCGGGAUCUGUCUGGCAAACAUGCCCUACCUCCGGUGGCUGUCCGUCGAGCAGGUUGUGCUCCCGUCUCCCCGGGACUUCUGGCAGGCCCUGCGAGUUUUGAAGCUGUACGACUACUCGUCCACCGGCUCUAUCCCCCGCUCUAUAGAUGACCUCGUUGACGUCCUCGCUCGAAACCCGAAGUUGGAGGAGCUUCAUAUUCGCCUCUACACCGUUCUGGGAGAGAAGUCGAUACGGAUUCCGACAGUGGCACACCAGGGUAGCGCGCUGCGGCGACAGCCUGUAGCCCGGGUGCAUCUUCCUCUUCUACAUACCUGUUCGCUGCAUGCUUAUUCCGAUUUUGUGGAGGAGCUCCUUUGUCGCGUUGAACUAUCGGAAGAUAUUCUCGACGUUCGCACCAUUCCCGUACCACGCUGA